UUACCCAUUAGUUUAAUAACAUUCAUCAACAUGACUUCCAAAACAUUCAUUGAACUACCUGGCGGAUAUAAAAUGCCCACCAUUGGGUUGGGAACUUUUGGGACAAAAGAUGAAAAUGAAGUAGAAUCAGCUAUAAACGCAGCUAUAGAAGCUGGCUACAGAUACAUCGACACAGCCUUACUCUACGAGAAUGAAGUUCCAAUUGGAAAAGCUUUGAAAAAAUUAUUCGACUCUGGUAAGAUUAAGAGGGAAGAACUGUUCAUCACCACUAAACUACCUCUGUUCGGUAUACGAGCCAGCAGUGUGGAACAAUACAUGAAGGAGUCCUUAAAAAAUCUAGGUUUGGAGUAUGUCGACUUGUAUUUGGUUCAUUCUCCUGUAUGUGUGAAAUUGACCGGUAGAACUUUGUUCGAUCCAGACCGUAAAAACAAGACUUUUGAAACUGAAAUCACUGAUCACAUUGCCGUUUGGAAGAAAAUGGAAGAACAGGUAGACGCUGGUCGCGCCAGAUCAAUUGGUCUGUCCAAUUUCACGGCGAAACAAAUCGAAAAAAUUCUAAAAUCUAACCCGAAAUACAAACCAGCCAACUUACAAAUCGAAAUUCACGUGUACUUGCAACAACACGACUUAGUUAAUUACUGUCACCAAAAUGGAAUUUCUGUAACAGCGUAUGCACCUCUAACAUCACCUGGAAUGAACGAGUUCUUGGUUUCUUUAGGUUUUGAGCCGAAGCAAAUUCCAGACUUAUUUGCGGACGAAACCAUUAAAAAGAUCGGCAAAAAAUACCACAAGACUAACGCACAAAUUGCGUUGAAAUAUCUUCACCAAAGAAAUAUAAUAGUUAUCCCGAAGAGUACCGAAUCUUCUAUGCUGAAGGAAAACAUGAACAUUUUAGAUUUUGAACUAGAUUCUGAGGAUCUAGCUGCCCUUAACUCUUUAGAAAUUGGUCCUAAGGCACGUGUCAUUGAUUGGUCGUUCUUCCCAGGCCUGGAAAAGAACCUUGAAUUUCCUUUCUGAAAAUUGGACACUAAACUAUCACCUGUAUUAAUUACAUUAUAUAUUAAUAAAUAAAUUGUGAAUAAGUAAUUUA